CAUAAUUUGACUAUGGGUCAGCUUUAAUAAACGAGUUCGGAUCAAGAGAUCAUUUUCGAGAUCCAAUUGGCUCGUGUGGUACAUAUAUGCACUUUAGCCGUUCUCUUAAUUCAUUUAUAGCUUAUUCUUGGAACAAGGCUUUCGAAGGUACCUUGGCAUGAGAGUAACAAUGUCGCGGGUUGUGCUUCGGUUAAAUACAGCUGAAAAUCCAUCGUCAAUGCUUCUUAAUCUGUUACAUCUAUUUAAUCUAAUCUAAGAUCUAAAAGAAUGACAGGAAGUGAAAGCAAAGAGGAAAAAGAAAAAGAGAUUGUCGAGCCGGUGAAAUAUGACUCAAAUCCACAGUUCCCAUCUCCGAAUAUGUUGCAAAAGUCCAUUGGAGUGCGAAAAGCUGAGAUAAUGUUAAGUCAAUACCAACAUCCUACCCUAAAAGCACUACUUUUCUUCAGUAUUUUCUGUGUUGCAUAUUCGUAUAGUGUUGAUGGUACUCUUCGAUACACUUUCCAGAUGUAUGCAACUGCGUCUUAUGGGCAGCACUCUCUUAUUUCGACGGUCGCUGUGGUUCGGGCCGUGAUUGCAGCCGCAUCGCAGCCUGUUUAUGCUAGGUUGUCCGACAGAUUCGGACGAAUCGAGAUCCUUCUAGUUGCAAUCAUCUUCUAUUCAAUGGGAACUGUAAUCGAAUCUCAAGCGUAUGACGUUCAGAGAUUUGCUAGUGGGGCAGUAAUAUACCAAAUUGGCUAUUCGGGAGUCAUGUUGAUAAUUCAAAUCAUCCUUGCUGACUUUUCUAAUUUGAAUUGGAGAUUAUUCUGUUCAUUACUUCCUGCCUUACCAUUCAUCAUCAAUACUUGGCUUACAGCUGAGAUGCUUGACUCACUAUAUCCAAAAUACUCUUGGAACUAUUGCAUCGGUAUGUGGGCUUUUAUUUUUCCUUUAACUUGCAUUCCAAUGCUACUUGUGUUAAUACACAUGAGAAUCCUUGCUAAACGUACUGAUGAGUGGAAAAUUAUUGAACAAGACGAACAAAUAUUACAUCCUAUUUGGCUUUCGUGGAAAAAAAAUGUCUUUGUAGAUCUAUAUUGGGAUAUCGAUGUGAUCGGUAUCUUGUUUAUUGUAUGUAUCUUAGGGUUCAUUUUGGUUCCAUUCACUCUUGCCUCGGGUGUCACGGAUAAAUGGAAACAAGCCUCAACUAUUACUCCGCUUGUUAUUGGUUUCGUACUCAUUCCCCCAUUCAUUGCUUGGGAAAAGAAGUACGCUCGUUUCCCAAUUACUCCAUUCGCCUUACUUAAAGACCGUGGUGUGUGGUCUGCAAUCUUGAUUGGUAUUAUGAUCGAUUGGUUGUGGUAUAUGCCAAACGAUUACAUGUUCACGGUGUUGAUGGUUGCCAUGAAUCAAUCACAAAAGGCUGCUCUUCGGAUCACUUCUUUGUAUUCUUUUGUUUCAUGUAUCACAGGUCCUCUUGUAGGGCUUGUAAUAGUUAAGUUCAAAAGAUCCAAAGGGUUCAUUAUUUUUGGCAUUUCAACAUGGGCCAUCGCACUCGGGCUUCUUGUUCACUUUAGAGGCGAUAAUGAUGGCCGCCUGUAUAGGGAAUUUGCUAAUGGUGUCAUUGGGUCUAUUUGCUUAAUGGGAUUCGGUGCUGGGUUCUUCACCUACACCACUCAGAUGUCUAUUACUACGUGCACAAAUCACGAACACAUGGCAGUGAUGCUUGCCUUAUACUUGUCUUCCUACAAUGUCGGCUUGGCCAUUGGUGCAUCCGUCUCUGGUGCUGUUUGGACUAACCUUAUGUACAAGCAAAUUGUCAAACAAAUGCAAAAGGCAGGAGUAGAUCCUUCUCUCGCAGUUUUAGCCUACGCCUCACCUAUUGGCGAAGGUGGAUUCAUUCAAGAAUACACCUGGUUGUCUGCCGAGAGAAUUCCGGUAGUGUUGGCAUAUGCACAUGUACAAAAAAUAUUGUGCAUAGUAGGUCUAGUCUUGGUAUUUCCCACACUUGCAGCAACGUUCUUUUUGAGAGAUCACAAACUUGAGGCAGUGCAAAGUAUUGAGAAGGCGUCAGAGAAUAGAGAGGGUAAAGUAGCAGUGAACGAUCACGACGACGAUGUUCUUAUAAGAACAUUCAAGUCGUUUGUCGUCAGAAGAUGAAACAAAC